CAGGGCAGGACACCUUUACAGGUUGCUGUGAGGCAUGGCAGUUGUGGUGUGAUUCCGAUGCUAAUUGGAAAUUGUCUCACGGUAAUCACAGAAGCGGUGGUGGUAGCAGCGGCGGGGAAUGAAGAGAGCGGUGAGGAGGUGAUGACGCUCUUGCUCGAGCAGCGAGGGGCGGACGUGGUGAUUACAGAAGAGGUUGUGAAGGCAGCGGCGGGGAAUUAUAUGAGGGGGAAAGAGGUGAUAACGCUCUUGCUCGAGCAGCGAGGGGCGGACGUGGCCAUCACAGAG